AUAAGCAUGCGACGAUUUUCUGCCAGAGCAUUAGACAUCAACGGUCGAAGGACACGGAUGUUAUAACAAGAACCUUUGAAUUGCCUCGGAUUCAUUCGUAACCCCAGUUUAUGUGAGGUUUUCAACCAGAACGAUGAACGACGAACUCUCUGGUACGACAAAACUUAAUAGACGUGGUAAACAUACAUCUUAAAAAGCCUGUCUGGAGGAAGUAAGGGAGCGAAGGAGGCUUGCCAACUUGGCGAAGAAGGAACUGAUUUGUCGGCCGAUAUCAAACAACCGACCUUUCACUUUGAUAAGUGUAAUAUCUUCCAUGGAUGUGUCAGACACCUGAGCAGGAAGGAUGACAUCAGAGGCUGCGGUCUCUGCGAUCAGCAGCAACCGUGCAAGGGCGGACUACUACUGGCUUCGCUCAGUUUUAGCUGGAGGUGUAGCAGCAUGCUGUGCAAAAACUACCAUCGCUCCUCUGGACAGAGUCAAGAUCCUUCUCCAAGCUCAGAACCCCCAUUACAAGCACUUAGGAGUGUUUUCCAUUCUCAGAGCUGUGCCACAGAAAGAAGGCUACCUUGGCUUGUAUAAGGGGAAUGGGGCAAUGAUGGUCAGGAUAUUUCCCUAUGGAGCCAUCCAGUUUAUGGCCUUUGACAAUUAUAAAAAGCUGCUAAGUACACAGGUUGGGAUCUCAGGACACAUUCAUCGCCUCAUGGCAGGAUCUAUGGCAGGGAUGACUGCAGUGAUAUGCACCUACCCUCUGGACAUGAUUCGGUCCAGACUGGCCUUCCAGGUGACUGGUUAUCAUCGCUACACAGGAAUUCUAAAUGCCUUCCACACCAUCUACCUUAAGGAGGGGGGUGUUCUGGGCUUCUAUAGAGGACUUACUCCAACACUUAUUGGAAUGGCUCCCUAUGCAGGUUUCUCCUUCUUCACCUUCGGUACACUAAAGAGCCUCGGCUUGAAACACUUCCCAGAUCUCCUGGGGCAACCCUCCUCUGACAACCCUGAUGUUCUAGUCCUGAAAACCCAAGUUAACCUGCUCUGUGGAGGGGUUGCCGGUGCUAUCGCUCAGACGAUAUCAUAUCCCUUGGACGUGGCAAGGAGGAGAAUGCAGCUUGGGACUGUGCUUCAAGACUCUGAGAAAUGCUCAACAAUGAGGAAUACCUUGUCGUAUGUGUAUACGACGUACGGAGUCAAGAAAGGAUUGUACCGAGGCCUCUCUCUGAACUACAUCCGCUGUGUCCCCUCCCAGGCCAUCGCCUUCACCACCUACGAGUUCAUGAAGCAGUUCCUCCACCUGAACUAGUCCCUGUUUGAACUUUCAGGUCUGUAGCUGGGCCUGUGCUGCCUCGAGUUUAACAGACCAACCUUUGAUGCCUCCUACUUUUAAACGUAGGAGCUGCCUUUUACUUACUUUCACUGAAGGCACCAGAGGAGUCGGUCAGAGCUGAAAAAGGGAAACUGGAUAUCAGACAGUGUGAGACUCUGUCCAUCCUACUUCAUUCCCUCUUAAUUCUUGCUGUUGUGACUUUACACUCUUACAGAGGACAUGUGGCUUGGAUUUGAGCAACAUUUCUGUUAAUGUCUUCUUGAUACCCCAGGGCAGUGGCACCUGGUUGACUGUCGGUGCAGUCAUAUACUCUUUACAUUGUUGUUGGCAACACACAGCAACCCUCUGAUUGUGUGGAAACCACCUCAUUCAAAUCAAACGCAGAUGUCCUCACACACUUACUUGUUUUUCUCUGUUGAUUUCAGGACUGAAUUUAAGAAGAACGCCAGCUUGAACAAUCAUAUUCACAGUUUCUUUAUAAUCAUUUUUUUUUUUAUAUAUACAAAGAAGGGAACUCAGUAAGAUGCAUCACCCCGAUGACUUAAAUACAUGUUUUUUAUGUUUAUUAUAUCUUCAUCUUCUGAUUGAACUGGGUAUGAAACGUGUUUUAAUUUUGAUAACAAGCACAUGGUUUGUAAUGUUUUGUUCAUUCAGGUCUGUGCAGCGUGUCUUUGAAUGUGCAGGUUUGAGAUGCAGUAACUUAAUAAGGAUUUUACCUGCAGACGAUGCAGUGACUGAUGUUAAGAGAACGAGAGUUUAGUUUAAGGUGACUUUAGAUGUUUUAUUUUGCCAAACUUUGAUCAGAGCAGUCACUGUAUGUGCUUUCAACUGCUGAAAUAUAUCUUAAUUAUUUUGUCGUCCGAUGGUUAAUGUGCACAUAGGUGUUCCGCUGCAGCUGUGACGGUAUAGAUGAAACUCAGCAGUGAUCUUUUGAGGAUAAUUUAAAAUGACUGAUUUUUAAGUCUGACACGUCUGCCUGUAGAAACUGAAGAGUGGUUUGCACAUCAUCACUGUAGCUUUUUCUUCAUCUAUUUAUUGAUUUAGCAGCCUGUUGCCACUGGGGGGCAGCAUUGAAUAUAAAUUGUAUUGCUUACCAUCAGAGCUGUUCACAACUUUCAUACAAAUACAAAACUAUUCUAUCAAAUUCACAUCAGAUUAGCUUCUUAAUGAUUUCUUAUAUUUUCUAACCAAAGGGAGUUGUGUGUCUUCAGGACGGCUGAGCAGUAUUUAAUUUAUGGCCUUCAUGUCACUGCCAAUGUUUGCUGUCGCCUCAUCAGUUCCUUUUUUCAGCUUUUUGCCUUUCUCUGCAUUCAGAGUCUUACUUCACCAAGGCUAUCAUGCAUUCAUGUUUUAACUGGAGUUUACCUCAUGCUUCAGUUGAUGCCUCAGUCUUUAGAUCACUGUAAAGGGGGGGUGGAUUGCAAAAGCAGAUGUCUUAGAGGGUAGCUAGCUGCCCUUUUUUUUUUUAACUUGACUGAACAUUGAAUAUGUCAAACAGUAACAUCCAGACAUAUAGUUGAGUGGAGUCAGCUGUCAGCAGACUGAACAGUUUCUCCAGACACCAAAGUUAGAGAUCUAAAACAAGUCCAUUUAGUGGUUUGUCCAUUCAAGGAAAUAUAUUGCCAACUGUAUUACUAUCAGUUCCUUGUUCUGGUCAUUUUCAAGCACAAAAUAUAAAAAGUUUUCUCUUUCCAGCUUCUUAAAUCUCAAAGUAUGCUGCUUUUAUUUGUUAUUUAUGACGAUGAAUGAUUGUUUGGACUUUCGAUGUUUGAUUGAACAAGAGAAGUAGUCAAAGACGGCACUUUUGGCUCUGCAAAGUUAUGAUUAAUACUUUUUUAUGAAUUUCUUUGCGGUUAAGACUACAUAAAAAAACGGUUAGUAAUGAAAAUGGAAAUGUGUCCACUCAGAGUCAUCAUAAGAGCCUUUUAAGGGGUCCAGACUGGAGAUGCACUGAUUGUAAAAACCAAGACUGAUACUGAUACAGAUGUUUAAAACAACACUGAUGUUAUUUGCAGCAUUCUUUGUAAUUCUUCAUGUCUGUUUUUCAAACAACCUCUGAAAUUUGAUGUAUUUAAAGUGUUGCCUGUAGUCCCUCUUUUUUAAAUGCCACUGAAACAUGUCUUACAAACUGUGUGCUGCUGAUGUUUCUUGGUGAGAUAUUCCCACACUGCUGACAUUAUUUUAAUUUUUGACCAUCAAAAAAAACAAAGUUUGUCCAACAGAUGAUUUCUUCUGCUCAAUAAAAACGCUCCUCUGUUAAUCAGAAGUUCAGUUGCUAGCAAGUAUUACAUUCAUGUCCUAAAGACAGAGAUACUGAUUAACAUCGGCUACUGACAUCAAUGCAUGGCACAUGAUUUGCUGAUGUGUCAACAGUGCAAAUAUCAGCUAAUGCGUCCCUGGUCCAGACCCUCAGUCAAACUUCUGCCUUUGAGCUUUUGAAUAAAAAGAGAAGUGGCACAGACUACUGAACACUGAAAGCUGAUUUCUUCUAAUAUUUAGAAACAGUUGCUCUGAGCAGCUUGAUAUCUUUGUAAAAUCAUGUUGUUGAAUAAGCUUAAAAUCCUCUACAGGGUGGAUGAAUAAGAGGCUCCACGUAACUCUGUCUUGCAGAGUGGAUUUAACAAUAAAUGAACUGUAGUACCCAGCUGUGCCUGCACACCCGGGCUUAAGAGUAGAAUCACAGUUUCAGUGGUGAGAAGUGUCAGCCUCAAUGUGAGGAAACAAAACAUUGUUUUUGUCAGCAUCUCUUCUUUUUUUGUUUCGUCUCAUCCAUCUACAGCCCUGCUGUGUUCAGUCACUUCCUGCUCUGUUAUUUCUGUGUUUACUCUGCUGGUCAUGACUUUUUCACUAUCAGUGAUGCUUUUUUAUUUCAACAUUAUCUCCUAUCAAUCCUGGUAGAGCACACAUCAGCUCUGCUCCUGCUGCUCACUGCAAAACAAGUUUUCUAAACUCUGAGGAAACGUGUGAAACUGUAUGCUGUGCAGCUUUAUCAGGUGAUGUUAGAUGUGACUGUAAGGGUUAAGAAUGACUAAACAAUGUAAAUGCUUUCUUAUGAUUUCACUUUUAUGUCAUGGCUCUCUACAUGUCGAAUUCUCCUUGCCUUGUUUUUGUGAGCCGUGACAGAAUCACAUUUCACAUCAGCUUCUUAAACAGCAAAAACUCUGUAUUUUAUCUUUGAAUGUGAAAUCACAAGAGCUCUGUUGCCUCAUUUUUAGACUGUAACUCCCUGUUUGUCUUAACUGAGUAAGAGCAGAGAGGUGGAGGACUCAGGUGUGUUUGUGAAGCAUAAAUUAAUUCCAUUUCCCUGUGACUUUCACACAGAUGACUGACCCCUGUUAUUUUUAUGAUACAGUUCCUUCUGGAAAACCACGGUGGGGCUAUAUGGUUCAUUUGCAUAUCAUUUAACUGAAGGUGGAAUAGACUAGCUGCUGUUGUCUGAUGCCACUCCCUGAUUUGACUUGUAAAUGUGAUGUGUAGAAGAUGUGUGUGCUCAUAUUUUUUCUUGGUGUGUCACAUACACAUCAUUAUAUGAAUACAGUUAGACUGCCCUAAUUAAAACUCUUUAAUUCAA